AUGGUCCCCAAGACGUUUGCAUCUGCCUCGACUGCCGCCUUUACCUCCCCGUCCUUAUCGUCGCCGUCGGCCAUAAUAGCCUCGCCCCUACGACCUGGCAACCCACAGUGGAUCGCACGCUCCGGGGGACGACCCAAGACGCUGGUCCGGGGGUACCGCGCUGUCUGGCCCUCCUACGGCAUCACCACGCCGGUUCCCGAUCGGCAUCCACAGUUCCCCAUCGCUCGCUGCCCCUUUUACUUCCAGACGGGGUACGCUCUCUGCGCCAAACGUCCCUCGCGCCCCUUCCCCCCACCCUUCCUCUCGCCGCCGUCCUCCUCCUUUUCCGACCCCUUGACUACCCACUAUCUGAGCCAGGAUAAGAGAUUAUCCGUCCGGGGAGAGCUGAUCCGAGGGUUGAACAACGGCGACGAUGCCGUCCUGGUUGCGGAGAAUUUCCUGGCCGUCAAUGACGGCGUAGGAGCGUGGGCUACGAAGCCGCGAGGUCAUGCUGCUCUCUGGUCCCGAUUACUGUUACACUUUUGGGCCCUAGAAGUGGAGCGAGAAACCGCGGACUGCGCGCCGUUACACCCCAUCGAUUACCUGCAACGCGCCUACGAAGAAACUCUACGAGCCACCACCUCGCCGAGCGAAUGGCUGGGCACGACGACCUCGGUUACGGCGCUCCUACACUGCCAGCGCGACGACGCAGGACACACGAAGCCGUUACUCUACGUGACCAACCUGGGAGAUUGCAAGGUGCUGGUGAUCCGUCCGAGCGAGGAGAAGGUCCUGUUUCGCACCAAGGAACAAUGGCACUGGUUUGACUGUCCGAUGCAACUGGGCACCAACAGCGUGGACACGCCCCAAGCGAACGCAGUGCUGGACUUGAUCGAUCUGGAGGAAGAGGACGUCGUGUUGGCAGUCUCGGAUGGUGUCCUCGAUAAUCUCUGGGAGCACGAGGUCCUGAGCAUUACGUUAGAGAGUAUGCGGAAGUGGGAGCAGGGCCGGUACGACAACACCGAUUUGGACUGGGCGCCGCCUGCAGUUCUUGCGGAGGAGCGCAUGGUAUUUGUGGCGCGAGAGCUGCUCAAAUCUGCUCUGGCGAUCGCACAAGACCCGUUUGCGGAGAGUCCCUACAUGGAAAAGGCGAUCGACGAGGGGUUGGCUGUUGAAGGUGGGAAAAUGGACGAUAUUAGCGUAGUGGUCGGAGCUUGCAGGAGACGAGCCUCCUGA